AUGAGUAAACCCAUCUUCCUGUGUAUACCCGGAGCCUCACAUCCAGUCAUCAUAUACGAACCCCUCAAAGCAUCACUCUCACUACAUGGAUACUCGGCUGUGCUACUCCAAUUACCUUCGACGGGAGGAAACCCACCAACCUUUGAUUUUACCGAAGAUUUAGCAGCAAUUCGCAAUACCGUCGCGCAUCUGAGCGACUCCGGGAAUGAUGUGAUAGUUGUGGCUCAUGGGUGGAGUGGCGUCAUGGCUGGGGAAGCGCUUCAGGGGCUGGGGAAGGUGGAGAGAGAGCAGAGAGGGAGGAGGGGAGGGGUGUUAAGGCUGGUUUUUAUUAUGGGGUGGGUUGUGAAAGAGGGAUUUCAAGGGGCGAGGAGGGGAGAUGUAUCGUCUAUGUUUUCUUACCUUCGUCCGGAUCUUCAAGUUAGUACUCAGAGUCUCGUUUUCUGUCUUUUCUUAUUUCCAUUUUGUUUAUUUCCAAGUCACGUUUGUAAGGAAAAGAGAAUAUUCAUGAAAUUCGCAAGGAAGGCAGCUUCUUUCAACGGGAUAUAGUAAGAAAGCCUCCUGCAAAGGCUUUUUGAGUGAUGAAUCCUAUCCCUGACCUGGGCUUCAUCGGGCUUAUGCGAGUAAAUCAAGAAUUUCUCAAGCACCAGUCCAUCCACCCUCCUUAACAUAAUUUCACUCACUCCAAUCCUCCUCUACUUCACCACACUUCCUCACCACCUCUUCCAAACAACCCCUCUCACACAAAAUACCACACGCAACAAGCUAACCAACACCCAGACAAACACAGCAACCCCCGUCCCCGACCUAACAACCACAACCCUCUUCUCCGACAUGGCCCCCCAACAAGCCAAUUUCUGGACCUCGCAACUACUCCCCCAAAGCCUCGGCGUCUUCUGGAGCCGCACUACCUACGCUGCCUGGCGCCAUAUUCCGAGUACGUAUGUACUCUGUGGGAGUGAUAGGAAUGUGAGUCCUGACUAUGCGGAGGUGAUGGUUCAGGAGGCGAGGGAUUGUGGGAUGGGUGAGUUGAGUUUUCAUUUUUCGUUUCUAAGUCGGUUUUGA